UUGCAUGACUGCUCGCUCUUAUCCAUCGCUAUCUAUCUGCGCUGAAUCUCGUCCCCAUCGGAGAUACGCGCGGAUAGUGGAGCUCCAUCACCACCCCUCCUGGUGGAGCCGUCCACCGGUGGACAGGACAGAGCAGAUAGCACCGGGUCUUGUAUUGGAAUGCUCGCCGCACACGCUUCGCUUCCGAUCAGUAGGACGAGGGGCAUGGUCUCAGGAUGAAAUAAAAAAGGUCCAAGGACGGCCCUCACCAGACCAUCAAACCAAUCUCUAGACAACCUUGUUGCCACCGGACAGACCACUGCCACCAUGGGAUCAAUUGGCCCCUCUCCAGUCCAACACACCCCCUACCAAGUAUCCGAGUACCCCAGUCGGCAGGGACGCAGAAUCCGGAUCGUGGUCAUCGGAUGUGGUGCCAGCGCGAUCAAUUUUGCGCACGAGGUGGACAGUAGCUCGCUGGACCUGGAGUUGGUCUGCUACGACAAGAACCCUUCGAUCGGUGGCACCUGGUACGAGAACAAGUACCCCGGAUGCGGGUGCGAUAUUCCCUCGGUCAACUACCAGUUUUCCUGGGCGCCGUCGGCGGAGUGGACCAGCUUCUACUCUAGCGCUGGUGAGAUCUUACAGUACUUCAAGACGGUGGUGAAAGACUAUGGUCUGAUGAAGUAUAUGCGUUUGAAUUCCCGGGUGGUCGGGGCCAUCUGGGACGAGGAGAGCGCUCAGUGGCAUCUCCAAAUCGAACGGACGGACGGCACGGUCUUUGAGGAUCGUGCGCACAUUCUCAUCAACGCAAGUGGUGUUCUCAACAAGUGGAAGUGGCCAGCGAUUCCCGGCCGGGAAACCUUCAAAGGCCCAAUGCUGCAUAGCGCCAACUGGGACGACACAGUCGAGCUCAAGGACAAGCGGGUGGCGGUGAUCGGAUCUGGCUCGUCGGCCGUGCAGAUUGUGCCCAACAUCCAGCCCAUCGUCCAGUCCUUGACGUGCUUCAUCCGCAGUCAGUCGUGGGUCACGGCGAGCUUCGGGCAGCGGUUUGCGGGCAAAGGAGGCACUAAUUUCCAAUACAGUGAAGAGCAAAGGGAGGUGUUUCGCAAUGAUCCCAAGAAAUACCUCGCGUAUCGGAAGAAGAUUGAGUCGGAGCUGAACUCGCGAUUUCAAUUCAUUCUGAACGGGUCGAAACAGCAAGCCGAUGCCCGUGCGCUUAAGGCGGCAGAGCAUGACAUGCGCACCCGACUAGCCAAAAAGCCGGAGCUGGCAGACCUACUCAUCCCCACCAACUUCGCCGUCGGGUGCCGUCGCCCAACACCCGGAGCCGGGUAUCUCGAAGCGCUAUGUGAAGACAACGUAACCGUAGUAUCCCAAACCAUCACCAAGAUCACCCCCCGGGGAAUCCAAACCGCCGACGGGAUCGAACACGAGGUCGACGUGAUCGUAUGCGCGACGGGCUUCGACGUGAGCUGGAAACCCGCCUACCCGACCAUCGGCCGCGAGGGACGUAGUCUGAGCAAAGAAUGGGCCGAUGCCCCCAGCACAUACCUCUCCAUUACGGUCCCACAUUUCCCCAACUACCUAAUCUUCAACGGCCCCUUCGGCCCCUACGGCCACGGCAGCUUCCUCCCCAUAACCGAGACCCUCUCCCGCCACUUCCUCUCCAUCCUCACCAAACUCUCCGACGAAGGUAUCCUAACCUUCGACGUCAAAGAAUCCGCAGUAGCGGACUUCACCGAACACCGCCGAACCUUCCUCCCCCGGACGGCAUGGUCCUCGCCCUGCCGAUCCUGGUUCAAACAGGGGACCGUGGACGGGGAAAUCAUGAUGUGGCCCGGCUCGCGGAUCCAUUUCUUUGAGACGAUGAAGAGGCCCCGCUGGGAGGACUAUCAUCUUACGUAUGUGGGGACAAACAACCGAUUCGGGUACUUAGGCAAUGGCUUCGCGGCGCGCGAGUUCGACGGACGGGAUUUGUCGUGGUAUUUGGGAUACUUGGAGGGGGAGGGGGAGGAGGAUGUGCAGCCUGAGUUACGGGAUGAGGAGUUUCAUAUGUUUAUGAAGCAGCAGUGGGAAUAGGGAUAGGCGGGGGUGACGUCCACCACUGGUCAGGAUCAUUGCUGGGAUGUGUGCUAUCUUUGUAGAGUCCGAGGUGUGUGUCGCGCUCUGAGCGUAACCGCUCGGACUCCCAGGUUUAGUGCGCUCAAGAUAGAGGCCUCAAUGCGUUUGACGCGUCUCGGGCAGAUACAUCAUGUCGUGUAUGAAAUGUAUCCAAACGUAAGAGAAACGAAAGAAAGAUCUAUUGUUGUUCAG